AUGCAGGUUCUUAAAACGCAGGCUUUUACUGUAUUCAUCAUUUUAUUGCUUGGAAAUCUUGUAAUCCUAGAAUGCGAAGCUUGCAACGAGACUCACGUGGGUGCAGACAGUGGUGUCCUUCAGUCUCCGAAUUUCCCGCACAAUUACCCGAAUGAAGCCUACUGUUCCUGGAAUAUCAGAGUCAACCAAUCACAGCACGUGUUUUUGAUGUUCUCAUCAAGUUUCAGUUUACAGGCUGAAAACAACACAGAUGUCAUUCGUGUGUACGAUGGAGGGAAUACCACAGGGGAGGUGUUGGGAGUGUUUUACGGAGGACACCCGCCCCCUCAGGGUGGACUCUAUUCUUCAGCAAACCAAAUGUUUGUGGUUUUUAAAACGGACAACAACAAAUCUUUCUCCGGUUUCCAAGCUUCCUAUCACGCCUUAACGUGUUCCGGUAAGGAUGUUUCAGAACAACUGGCCCUCUUCUAGGCCACAAUGCAGUUUCCAAUUCAAAUUUUCAAAGACAAUAGGCCACUUCCGAGUUCCGAAAACCCUCACUUUCAAAAUGAGGCCAAAUGCACAGCCUUUCUUGUGAAAUUGAGUUUUAUUUGCGUGAGGAUGAAAAAUCAUCUCCAUGUCAAAGGCUGAGCAGUAGUCUUUUUGAUACAGAGGCUCGGGGGAACUCGGAUAUGGCCCAUCUUGCAUUGCCAUCAACCUCGAGACGGGCAGAGGGAGCAAUCUUUUUACGCAACUUCGCUCGGUAGCUUUAAGCCUUGACGGAGACUGGCGAAUGAAGGCUUUGUUUGAACUUCACUAUUAAAAUAAUAUUUAAAUCGUUGUAGAUUAUAUACACCACUUAUCAACCGAGAUUGAGGACCGAGGCCUUGAUGUAAUAGGGAGCUUAUAAGCAACAAGGACGGCGAAGGCUACGAGGACGUCACUUAAAAUGAAAUGAAUUCGCGCUGCCUCCACUUUAUCACGCUAUCACGCUUAUUCUCUCUCGUUUAAUUUGUGAAAUGCUGGCAAAUUUUUUUGGAGUUAAGUACUAAAGGACUGUAUCAAAGUUCAGGAAAGAAAAAGAAAUUGUUUUUGUGAGUUCCCGUCCUCGACAAAACUGCGUGCAACGACAGCAAAGAAAUGUACAAUAAAGCGUGAUGCACGUGCAACGUUGUUGUUUUGCUAAUAUAAACCUUUUGCUUUUUUGCCGUUCUCGUUGCCGUCGCCGUCUUCGUUGCUUAAGCUCCCUAUUUAUACAUCGAGGCCUCGGUCUGAGAUUUCCCUGUAAUGACCAAACGGACGAGGUUAAUAAGUUAUUAUAUGGCCUUUUUAGAGUCUUUUUCUUUAAAGUUGACUUCCAACACAGGGAAAAAAAACACUUAUUCAAUAACUUUAAGUGAUAGCAGCCUAACACUGUCGGCCCUUGCCAUAGGGUACUUUGAGGUCUUGUCUAAGUGGGCUACGAAAUUCCACUACCUCUUGACUAUUUUCUUUUGUUUGUUUCCUUCUUUGACAUAUUUUUUGCUUGAAAUAUAUAGAUCCUCUUGGAAUGGAAAGCGGGGCCAUUUCUGAUGCUCAAAUAAGUGCAUCUUCACAUUAUACCAAGAACUGGCGACGUGACUAUUCUGCAAAAAAGGCAAGGCUAAAUUCGAGACAUUCGUGGAGUAAUAACGGAUGCUGGGCAGCGGCUACAAAUGAUCUUCACCAGUGGCUUCAAGUGGACCUUGGUGGUUACACCAAAGUAACACGUGUAGCGACUCAGGGAAGUGGAUACGGACUCUCAGAAUGGGUGACAAAGUUUAAGAUCCGAUAUAGCUCUGACGGAGUCAUAUGGCAAUUUUACAAAGAGCCUGGUAAUUCGAAUGCUUCAGCAAAGGUGCGCUGGACUUGCUAAAUAUGGAGCUUAAGCAACGACGACGGCGACGGCGACGGCAAAGAGGACGGCAAAAAGGCAAUCGGUUUGAUUAGCAAAACAACAACUUUGCAAGAGCAUCACGUUUUUUAGUACAUUUCUUUGCCGUCGUUUCACGAUCACAACGUAAAAGUGCCCAAAUUCACGUUUUGUCGAGGACGGAAACUUUCUUUUUCUUUUCCUGAACUUUGUUACAGAUUACGAGUACUUAGGACGAUAAAGUUUGAAGCAGCGCGAAUUCUGUCACUUCUUAAGUGACGUUUUUGUAGCCAUCGCCGUCGAUUUUGUUUAAGUGCGGGUAAAUAAUGGCCGCUCUCUCUAAGCUGAAGGAGAAUUUAAGCAGUGUUAUAUUGUUGAGUACUCUAGACGUGACUGGCAGAAAUCUACAUUUUUAUCCAGUUAUAUUACAAGUCUUAAUUCUAUGUUUUGUGCAAUGAUUUUUAUUAAUUCGGAGAAAAAAUUUCGACCUUGCGCCACUGCAACUACGGGACUAAAGUCCUCGGGGCCUCCGGAUUACAGUUCCAGCGUUCUCACUGCUAAGCCGCCCUGCCUCAAAGGACUGCUUAGUAUUGUCAUACACGUAAAUGAUUCUUUUUCCAGGUGUUUACUGGGAAUUCUGGCGGUCCCAAUAGAAUUGUUUAUAAGCGACUGAAUGAACCCAUCUUGGCACGAUAUAUUCGAGUUGUGCCGGUGGCAUGGUUUAACCACAUAACGAUGAGAGUGGAAAUCUACGGUUGCCAAGGUACUCUUUUAUUUAUUAUAUUCAUUUUGAAAUCAUUGGUGAUACCUGCAAUCUGACUGGCUUUCAGCGUUAUAGUUCCCUCAGGAGUCUUCCUUUUUUUCUUUUUUUUUUUUUUUACCCUCAGUCGUAUUCUAAAUCCCAUCAUUUCUCUUCUAAGUUGCACCCGGAGUGGUAAAUGGAUGAAAAUCGGUAUCGAUAAAAAUCGAUAGCAAUCAAGUGAUUUUUAUCGAUUGAUAACGGAAAUCGGUGGAAAUUGAUAGACUAAAUUGCUGUGUCAAAUCGAUAUUAUCGAUUUUUCUUGAUUUUAACGAUUUAUAACGGUAAGUCCGACAUUGUUGUUUUUUUGGCGUAAGUUACAUAGUACAGCUGAGAAAACACAUCCACGAGUAACAACUGAUCAACAAACAUGAAAAUAAAAAAUAUGGAAACUAUUACAGACGCAAGAUUCUCUCUAAAACCGUGACCCUUUUGCACAUAAUAACAAGAACGGUUCGGUUUAAUUACAUUCGUAGUUCUGGCAGGCAAGUACCACGAGAAAUACAACCUUAGAUAAAAGAUUUCCCAGCCAGAAUUUCAGACAUCCUCUAGAGUGUCUAGAGUCGAAGGGAUGCGUGAAACUCAGGCUAAAAGAUUUCCCUAGAUAGCUUUUCACCGUUUUCCGUUAUCAAUCAAUACAAUCAAUUGAUCGCUAACGAUUUUUAUCGAUUUCGAUUUUUAUCUAUUGGCUAGAGGAAGUAACUACACGUGGAACUGAUGUUAUUUUGACAGGGUGGCAGAUCUAAGUCGUGAAAAAAGUACAUUUAUUCAUAUUCAAACUAAAUUUUCAAAUAUUCAAACUAAUCUAAACUCAAUAUUCAAUAUUCCGAUUCCACCCCCUUCUUCCCACAUGCAUGAUCAUUCGCCAUGUUCUAAAAGAGUGAAAAAAAAUCUGGAUACGAUAUACGACCACAAAGUUUCUUGGGAUCGUUUGGAUGCACAACAUGAAAGUCAAUAAACAGGUCGUAAAGCUACAUGUCGUUACAAACUGCAAUGAUAAGUUAAGAAAUGCAACUAUUCUUUACUCAUAAUGUACUACAGAACUCUCAAAGAGCCUAAUGCACCAACUAUGUCUCCUUCAGUCUGAGUAACCUUCAGAGCGUUUUUAAGAGGUGACAUGCUGCUCUCCGCCAUGGUUUUGCUCUGUAUUUAUAUUGUCCACUGUUUCUUUGAUCUGUAACUAUAUUCUCCUACCGUUAAGGGUCCCCUACCAUAAUACUCCAACAUUUUAAUUUCUACUUAUCGUUACUGACUGUAUUACAGGUUGCAUGGCUCCACUUGGUAUGGAAAAUGGAGCAAUCUCUGAUGCCCAGAUAAGUGCCUCUUCUCAGUGGGAUGACAAUCAUGGUCCACAUAGAGCUCGAUUGAAUCGGAGAAGGUUCGGAAACAAGAGGGGAGCCUGGAGCGCUUUAAACAAUGACAUUUAUCAGUGGCUUCAGGUUGAUCUUGGGAAAUAUACCACAGUGACUCGCAUAGCGACUCAGGGCAGAAGUGAUUGGGGGAGCCAAUGGGUUACCAAGUACAGGUUACAGUACAGUGAAGACGGAGUGAGCUUCCAUUUUUACAAAGCACUAGGACAAGAUUCACCAAAGGUACGCCCAGGUAGUAUUCUUCUCGCCUUAUUUUAAGUAAUCCGGAUAAUUCCGGAAUUCGGCAAAUUUUUGCUUAAUUCGUGAUCCGGCAAGACGGUGAUACUUGUGGAAUCCGAAAUCCUGUUAAUGAAGCUCAAAGAAUCCGAAUAUUCCGCUAACGAUUGGAAUCCAGAAUCUAGUGCCUGGAAUCUGGUGCUGGAUCCCACACCGCGGAAAAACGCACUGCGCAUAAGCACAAGAUUUAAGAGGCUGUCUCCCUAAAAGUACCCUGGUCCCAGAGGUUUUUCUUGAUUUUUCUUCGCGAAAGAGAUCAAGAGGAAGCCGCGAAGCGGCGAUAACGAGUCGCGAAAGCGACGAGGAGAGAGAGAAAAACCUCUGGUUACCUUGGCCUCGAAUCUCACUUUCAUGCAGACGACAGCUGUCAAACGCGUCAAAUUGCCAAUAAAAGGAGUGACCAAUGGCAACUUAGCAAACACGUGCUUAUCAGCCGCUAUUUUUUUAAGUGGGGGUAGACCUGGGGAAAUUAUGUUAUGAACAAACCAUCUCCACUUGGGUGGUAAAGAGUGAUUUGUUAAUCAGGGUCAAGCUAAAGCAUGUGUUAACGAUGGGCGACAAGAGUCCAGGAAUAAGGAGACCACUUUAUAAAGAAACCGACAUUGUUCCAAACGACUGCUGCAGGAUUUGCAGAAUUUAUGUAAAAGUAAGUGGCCGAUCUAAAAUCAACUUUUUUGGGUAUAAUAACAAGGAUUUUUCACAAACAUUGUCAUCUGUUCUGUCGGCAGUGUGCCAGCGGGAAGUUGUUAAGUUUGCAAGAGUCUAUCAAUCGCGCUUAUUGCAUUGUUUACUUCUGCGGGGCGCGCCGUUCGCGUCGAUUCGCGGGCAUUCCCUUCAAAACAGUAAUAUUAAUAUGUAUUCUGGCAAUCUGGCUCGCAUUUUGGUUUGGCGGCUCCAUUUCCUUUUUUUGUGGAACAACGACGCUAGGAAGAGUCAUGCAGCACAACAAACCCUUAAUGUUCGGAAUGUACUUUCAGAGGUUUUUGUUGACCCAAUAGACCUAUUCGGCUAACUCAAUGUUGUACCCAAUUCAAACCCUUUGGGAAUAAAACGUUUUGUUUCAGGAAUUUCCAUAUCAUUUAAAUGUGAAUGCCACAUUAUAAUGCAAAUGCAAUACACAAAGAAUCUUAUCCCCGGGAGAUUUGAAUUGGGUACAACAUUGAGUUAGCCGGAUAGGUCUAUGCCAAAAAUAACGUUGGUUAGAUCUUUUUUGGGCGUCACAGGAAAAUCAAGCUGCACCGAAAAUGUUUACGUAGUUGUAUUCGGAGAUUUUUUUAUUUUGCAGCCCUAAACAAGUUAGUUUAUUUAAUGGAAUGACAGUAUUGUAACAGAAAAUAUACUUUCCAUGUCCGGUUGAUAAAAUAGUGAACACAUCCUUUCGACUCAACGCAGCGAACAAAGCUUUCUUUUAUUGUUCAGGGAGACUCAGGAAAGCGCUCAUUAAUUACCGAGGUCAAAAUUUCUUCGAAUAUUCUUUCAGGAACAACAUCCAUGUCAAAAUCUCGAAAUAUGGCGUGCCUUUACGUGCCUUGGUCCCGUGCAAAUGUUAUUGGGAGUGCAGCAUACAAACAAUUUUCUUCCCUAGUAGAGAGAGGCAAAAUGAGGCGUGAAAAUCCUCAGCGUCCCCUCGGUAGUUACAAUUAAACGAGCCAAUCAAAUUGGUUUGCGUGUUUGAAAAACUAUCAACCAAUCAACGCCCGAGGGUCAGAUCCUGACCCUGUCGUCUGCAUGAAAGUGAGAUUCGAGGCCAAGGUAACCAGAGGUUUUUCUCUCUCUCCUCGUCGCUUUUGCGACUCGUUGUCGCCGCUUCGCGGCUUCCUCUUGAUCUCUUUCGCGAAGAAAAAUGAAGAAAAACCUCUGGGACCAGGGUACGCUAUCAAUUCCGUGAUGGACAGUGAGUGAAGUGACUGAGUAGCGUACAGUGUUCGGUUGUAACCUGUUUAUACCACCACUUAAUAAAACCGUUAGCCUGUCAAGUUGUUAAGCUUUGAACGACUAGGGGGUUUAUAUUUGACUAUUUUAGGGAAAUUUGUACCAGAUCUUUGUUUACUCGCAUGCAAUCUCGCUCGUUUUUUGUUUUUGUAUUUUUUUUCAUAAGAUUUGUGAAGUAUUUGCGGUCUUUAUAUUCUUUGUCAUAGCAUCUCGGUAUGCAGGCAUAUAAAAGCAAUAAGAUCCUCUCUGAGUAGCUCAACAACACUGUCCGCGGUAGGCUGGCAUAUCAAAUGAGCGCCGCAGUGGAGUCGCAAAACCGUCGCGGUGGCGCCUAAUUUAGUAAAAUCGAUAUCAAUAUGAAUUUGGAUCCACACGGAGGGUCCAAAGGCCGAUGUUAAAAAAUGUGAUCCUAGAUCCUUCAGCUGUUGUUCAGAUGUAUGUAUUUUGACAUCAUUAACGUGGUAGAAUGCAAGCGUCUGUAAGAACAGGGUAAUAAACGUACCGCUAACAAGAAGUGAGAUGAGAAAAGACGUAAGAACAGUGUAGGGGUCUCGACCUGGAGAAAUGUUCAUGCUGGGGAAACCUUCGACAAUGCCGGAUUCAGACUUCACGUCAGUUCUCGCCUCUACUGAUUGUCCGAAUUCAGAGGUUUUUGUCCACGUUGGGCUUCAAUAGUAAAUUUUGUCUGUGAAUUCUCCAUGGUUGUCAUGAGUACUCUCAGUAAUAUGCCUAAAGGCAGGUAAUCACGAUUUUGGCAAUUUAACUCCGACUCCAAAUUAGGUUUAGAUAUGCGCUUAUCACUUUCUGUUUCACGCGUGCAUCUUGUGAUAUUCAAAUCCGUCAGCUCAUAAAUGAUAUCAAAUGUGCAAGUGCAUCAGCUGACUGUGUAACUUUAUGCCAUAGUGCAACAGUGAUUAAUAUCAGGAUAUUUGACUUAAAGCCACUCCCUACUUUUCUCCAUAACUUCAUUAUGUUUGGAUCUUCACUUCCCGCAUAUUUCUAAAUAAAAAAAAUUGAGUGGACUACUGAGUUUAUCUUUUUCUGAACUUGAAAUUACGAUUAUGACAAUACCCAUUGGCCCUUUUGCCGUUAUCUUAUCAUAGAUAAAGGAACUAGUGAUAAGGAUAUUAUUAAUGAUUUUACGAUUUUAUACGUACGUGAUCCCAUCCUUUAAAAUACAUGGUAUACGAUCUUAGCAAUCUCCAAGCCAAUUACAUGCCUGUCCUUGGUCUUAAUAUUCCUUUCUUGGUCCUCUAUGCGAAGAACGAGGUGGCCGCCAAAAUCAUCCGAGCUUAUAUGCCGAUAUUUGCGGGUAAUCCCCGGGAGAACUCCCAUAUAAAAGUGAAGGGCCUGCUCGUCGGAAAAUUAAUAAUUUAUUAUUUAAACCCCUAAGGGAGGCCAAUGUGGGUGUUGCUCAAGCUUAAACUGACCCCUAAAGGAGAUUUCUGUGAGGUCAGCGUCACGGCUUUUUUUUUUUGUUUGCAAAUUUCUUUAUGCACAGCCUUAAGCGAUACCUAAAUGAGCAUAUUUAGGUACUUUCCGUCCCAAACAACCGAAGUGAGACGAAAAUCUGCAAACGACGAGCACCCACGUCACUUUUGCAUGGGAGUCCUCCUGGGAAGCAGAUCACCAUCUGUUCCACUUGAUUUUUCGUAAGGUCAAUGAUUACCAUCUUUUGAGAGUAUUGGCUCUGCUUCACUUAGUUCAGACUUCGAUGGAUGACAGGUUUCAUGGUAAGAAGUAUUGGUGUCCUGACAAUCGUGUACUUCUAUCAGUUGGGAAAAACCGCGUGAACUUUCAAACUUUAUUUUCUUGUUACUUUCUCUGAUGUUGCACGAUUCGAAAUUGAUGUUGAAACUUUAUUAUUUGCGUGUGCCAACUUCUUUAUUAACUGUCUUCGAUACAAAAGUAGCCUUAGACUCCAGACUGUCUCUUUGAGAGUGAAAACAAAAGCUGACCACUGUUAAAAGGAAGAAACAGUCAGUAAAUGGAAGAAACCUUCUAACUGAAAUUUGAUUAACAAAGUCUUCAAAUGUGGGCUCCUGAUCAGUGGAAGGUAAAUAAAGGGAAAAUAGUAAUUCGCCGUUCACAGUCCAGUACUAUCGCCCCAUGUUAGCGAAUUUAAUACAAGACAGUCUUGGAUUCUGGAUCCUACAAGCAAAAAUUUUCCUGAUUCCGGAAUCCGGAUACCCUCACGUGGGGCGAAAUUCAAGUCAAACAUUUUCUGACCUGUUCACGCAUAUUUAAUUAAGGAGUGGGAAAUUUACUUUUCUUCUUAUUUCCGGUCUAGUAAAUGAACCAAUUUCGUAAGCAUAACAUUGCCGUCGCGCCAAGUUUAAAAGCAAAAAGGCAGAAACAGACAAAAAAGGGGGCGAAAAAAAUCACUUCAUUCUAUAGCUGAUAUAUUUUUCCAGUGUCAAACUUUUGCACCACAUGGUUAUCUGGUUGCACCAACACUGAAAAUGAUUUUUGAAGUUUGCAGGUCGCGAGCGCUCGACAAGACGAAUUUGUUGUUACUAGCUUUCUUGCAUGCUACUGGUUUGGCAUAAGUUAAUUUGGGAGAAGGCGAUAACUAAGAAAAGAAAGGCAAUAGUUAUGAAAGAAACCAAAAUAACGACGUCAUCAUUAUCAUUAACACUAGAACCAGGAAAUAAAAUUUUAAUCCGUUCAAUAAUUUUUUUUAUUAUCAGAGGAAACAAGAACUCAGAAAAAAAAAAAGAUGGGCGGGAUUUAAUAACAACCUCGACUUUGAUGACUGCAGUCACGAACACCCGGAGCUUUCAGUGCCGGGAAACUAAACAUGCCUAUAAAUGACUUUCGUUCCAGAAAAUGCCUAUUUAAUUCUUCUACAUGGUUGUUCCUUGGUUGAGGAUUUCAAUAAUUUCAGACUGUGCGGCUCGGCUGUUUCUCAUGCAAACACGAAACUUCCAGCUGCUAAAUAAAUGGCAGUGGCGGAUCCAGCGGAGGAGCCCGGCCCGCCCCCCCUCCCUUAUCUAAGGGUCUGGAUGACCGACCCCCCCACCCCCUUAUCUGAAGGUCUGGAUCCGCCACUGCAUGACGUGAAAAUUUCGACUUCUAAAAGCCAUCGAACCAGCUUUCGCUCUCUGAUUCUGAGAAUGAAAAAAAUAAAUAGAGUUGUCAACUUGCUGCCAGCCUCAACAGUAUAAUUAAGCUUAUGUUUCAUGGCAAUCAACUCAGAAGAGUUUCGUUUCAAAAUACGGUAAAACUCACUGGUAAAUAAAACUAGAAAGCGAUUGUGUGUUGUCGUUUUCCAAAUCAAGCUCGAAUCGGCUUUAAGACAUGAAGACUGAGAAACUGAAGAACUGAAAAUUAGAACUACAAUACACAAGCUUGCAAUGAUAGCUUUUUAUGUCUUAGUUUCAGCCAGGUUAAGUGAAAAAUGGUAGUCAAAAACUUUGUUUUCGUGAAUGAAAAGCAGUUUACCUGACGCUCUGGCCAAAAUUACACACUGAGUUAUUAUCAACUUACCUUUUCUGAAUCUAAUCGACUAAUUGUUUCAGUGAUCUGUACCUGGUUAUCCAUAAAAGUAAUUUCAAUAACUACAAAAUAGUCAAAAACACGUGCGGCAUGAAGCAAAACAACUGAACCACAAGCUGCACACAGAAUGAAGCCGAGCGCGGGAAAGUGUGACCGAAAAAGUGACCGGAAAUGCUCAACCUGGCGCAUGCAUGGACGUUUUUCCGCGGUGUUGGUGGAUCCAGGGGGAGGGACCAGGAGGUCCGGACCCCCCAUAUCAGACCUGACCCUUGUUUGAGACUGAAAUUCUUACAUCAACAGAAUCGGAUAUCAAUCUUAAACUGGCUGAUUUUUUUUCAUGAUAGUCGAGUUGAAAUUUGCCACUAAACUAAAUUCCAGGGAUAUUCAAAACAUGUAAUUGUUUUGGGUACUCUCCUAUCAUCUUUUCGCCUAUGCUCGCCAAGCAGUAUUUCCCGCGUAACCGGCCACCGGCGUUCACAGAUUGAGAAGCGCGUGCUCCUCUCUAUGAGAAGUAAUUUGCCACAAAAAAUUUCAAAAGUCCUUUCUGAACCAAAGUUUGGACCCUUCCCCCCCCCCCAUUCAAAAAUUCCUGGAUCCGCCCCUGUCUACGUUACUUGAUUGUUGUUGUUGUUGUUAUUAUUAAUUAUUAUUAUUAAUUUGCUGUAUUUAAGAAAAUUCAUUUAUAGUUCAAAAAGUUUCGAGCCAAUCAUAAUUAAAAAUAUAUCAGUGUAUAAAAUAAUUGUUUAUUAUGUUUGGAUAGUUGUUUGAUGGAAACAAAGACAGAAACACCAUUGUUUACCAAACAUUAAGCCAGCCAAUCAGAGCGCGUUAUGUCAGGAUACUUCCGGAGGCUUGGUACGGUCACAUAUCGAUGAGAAUGGAACUCUACGGCUGUUCAGGUAUUUUUUUUAAAAAACUGCCUCAGGAUUGUUCAUUUUUUUUAAAGUAACCCACCUUAAUAAGACUUUUGAUAAGGCAGAACAUACGUGGAGACAAAAAGCUAGGCCGACUGUCUAGCCAAUCCGGAAUUAUUUGAAAAUUCUUCAGGGGCGUCUCUAUCUCCUGAAGAGGUCAGAAGGUGUCCUAGUGGACUUUCUCAAAGCCCUCCGCUUCCAAUUUCUUCUUCCGGUAGUAGCUCACUUUUGCCGCAGAAGACAAAAAAAUCUCCCGCCGUGCUUCGCGCUCGGGAAAAUUUUUUAGCUCGACUUGAGGGUAAGCCUAGUAUCCCAGCUGCAUGUGCAGUCAGUCUUGAUUUAUUUAUUUAUUUAUUCUAAGACCUUCCUGACGAGAUGAAAAUUGAUGAAAAUUGAAAUCAAAAUGGAGGCCCGAAACGGAAGGCUCUUGAUCUGGACGAUCUUGCGGGACUGUGAACAAUCUACCCAUGGCAAUUGAUACCGUUGUGGUGCUCCCACAACGAGGUUCUUUGUCUACCAUUCCUGAUCGAACUGGUUGGUUUCCGAUGAGAUAAGAGAAGCGAAUCCGGGAGUACCCCGCAACGAUAAAACAUUCUGUAUGUAAUCGGAUAUGAUGUCCCUUGACUUUCGCGUAGAUGUGUCCAAUAAUUGCUUUCUGAAUUUUACCGAAUAGAACAUUACAAUAACCACACAACAGACAGUUAUCAUAUUAAGAGUUUGUAUUUAACAGGUUGCAUAGCUCCUCUUGGGAUGGAAAGUAGAACAAUUCUUGAUGCUCAGAUAAGCGCAUCUUCACAAAUGGAUAGCAACCACUCUGCAUCACAUGCAAGGCUGCAUUUGCUGGCAGAUGGGAGCACAUUUGGCGGCUGGUCUGCUCUCACAAAUGAUGUCAACCAAUGGCUUCAGGUGGAUUUCGGUAGCUACACGCUAGUUACACGGAUAGCGACCCAAGGGGAGAAUGGCUACAGCAACUCGGUGACCAAAUACAAGUUAAAGUAUAGUGAUGAUGGUACUACCUUCCAGUUUUACAAAGACGUCGGAGGUACAUCUCCAAAGGUACUCCGUGAUCAGCAUCAAAUUUCUCCUUGUAAUGUCAAUGCUUUGUAAAACAGAGUGUUAAUGAGAAUUACGGACAUGAUCACACGAGAUGAAUUUGCCUGAUAUUUUUAUCAACUUCUCCCACUACUUCUGUAGGAAAUGAAUAGGGGCAACAAAUGAGAAUUCAAAGAAGUGUUUGAAGGGUUAACAAACCUCAAGGUGUAGUCCAUCCCAUCCCUUCACACCUCCACCCUGAGUCAGACUCUAUCAACUGCUACCCUCCUUAACCCAUUCCCUUCUGAGCCGCCAGUAACCGCCAGUGCGGAUCCACGUCGUUUCUACCGCCUGUAAUGCCAUUACUUUUGAUGGUCGAGGACAACUUUGUCCGCCAACUUAAGCAGAGUGAAGAGAUCUUUCAAACCACACCAUAAUGAGCACAAUUCGGUCAAGGACACCUGAGAAAAAGUCAAAAAACCAUGUAACAUUGACCUGAAAAUUUCCAUGAAAAUCUUGUUCCACUACCCACCUAAAAGCUUUCCUAAAAACCUUUUCCUCGAAAAUGAAGCCUACUAAAUUCCCAGCAAGAGAAAACAAAAAUGAGGCGAGAAAAGCAAAAAAAGAGGGGAGGAGAGAAAGCGAAAAGUAAAAGUCAAGACUGUUGUGUCACUUUUAAACCCAAGAACCCGAAAUUUUUGCUUUCUGCGCAUAACCGAACUUCGCAAGCUAAAAUUGUGCAUCUGGAUCAGAAGGCCGCGAAGUGUACGACCUCUUAACGGCUUUGUGGUAAGUUUUAGCUCUUUACAACACGACAGUGACCAGAAAACCGCUCGACUAUCCUCAAAACGCGUUUUUCGGCAAAAUCUCCAGGGGCGAAUGGGUUAAAUAAUAUAAAUAGUCAAAGCCAGUUAAUACGGACACUGAGCAGGCAAUAGAAUGUGUCCACAUAUUUGUGCUUCCGUAUCAAAAAUGUAAGGAAUGCCGUUCCGUAGGAACAAAACAAACUACCCGUAAUAACUAGAUGUCCGUAUUAGGCGGGUGUACGUUAAGCGGGAUUCGACUGUAUAUUGAUUUAUUAUUUUUCGGUUGGAGCGGUAAUUUAUAGUCACCAUUUUCACAUAGACCAUAAGGCAUCUUGUUUACCCCACAAAAUUUUGCAUAACCAUUGUUUUCAAUUUCUCUUGGGUAUUACAGUUGUCCCAAGAGAAAUCGAAGACAAUGGUUAUGCAAAAUUUUUGAAUGUAAACAAGGUGCAUUAUGGCCUAUGUGAAAAUGGUCAAUUGAGACUGAGUAUCUUAUGAAGAAUUAUGGAGAUCGAGGAGGGUGUUAACACCCUCCAAGAUCUCCAUAAUUCUUCAUAUGAUACGAAAGCCGAAUUCAAUAAUUGUUUAAUUAUUCAUUCAAAAUAAUUCCUAGUUUAAAAACAUAGCUAAAACAUGCUUACCUGUAUCGAUGUUAAGUUCAUCUUCGAUAGAGCACGUUUAGGGUUGUUCAGCUCCGCAAAUAUUCUCCAAAUAGUAGAUGUCGCCCUUCGAGUUGUCUUCCUACUGUUCUUGCCACGUUUUUAGCUAUUACUUCGCCUAGUUCUUGCUCUUGAAACGCCAUUUUUGUUUUCACAACCAAAACAACUCAACCUCGUCCCCAGGUCUUUUCGGUUAACGGUGCAUUAACCUGCAAGAAAGCUGCACGGUUAUCAUUAGAUCCCAUCAACCGUAGCCCCUUCGGACACCUCAUGAAACUUACACAACGUUGUUUUCCCCUUUUCCAAUUAGGGUUAAGCAGUGCCUUUUAUAGAUUAGAAUUAAGCGCUGUCUUUUCAGAUUAGGGUUAAGCACUACCUUUACUGACAAGGGUCAAGCACUGUUUGGAAACUGGUUGAUGCAAAAUGUACUUAAAUUAUUUCCCUCUCAUGCAGCAAAUCCUUAGUGGUCUAGUGGUUAGCGUGGUGAACUGGUUCUUCUGAUCUUGAGUUCGAAUCCUGCUGCCCAUCAUUACAAAAUUUUUUUCUUUUAAAUUGAAGAGACUUGCACUUUCAUGAACAUUUCCAUCUUAAAAUAUCAUCUAAGUGUGGUGUAAAAGCAGAAAACAGUCCUUCCUUGUGUAAAUUUCGUAAGGGGAGAAAGGGACUACGGCUGAUGGGAUCUAAUGCUGACCAAGUUGCACUUUUGACGUCAUCGGUUGAUUAAUCGCAAAAUUCUUCCAAAUUCGAUCAUCAGUAGCUGGUUAUGGUGAAUUAUGCCUGUGCCUUUAGCAAAUCAGAAUCGGGAAAAUAUUUUGAAUGAAUAAUAAUCACUUGAAGUCGAUCUCCGGGGAUAAUUACUAAAACACAGUUUUAUCGUAACUUUCAGGUGUUCAGUGGAAACACAGAUAGUGAAACGGUUGUGUACAACAAACUUCCAUCGUCGAUCAAGACACGCUUCAUUCGUCUUUUGCCAAUGCAGUGGAGAAAUCAGAUUUCAAUGAGGAUUGAAGUUUACGGUUGUCCAGGUAAUAAACUGAUAAUGAUUGAAAAAAUUGGCUUAUUUUACAAUAGAGUGGACACUUUUUUUCUGCACGAACAUUCGCCAUUAGGAAAUAACCUAUACUUGUUUAGCCUGUGCCAGGCUCUCGGUCAGUGUAGACAAGCGAAAAAAAGGGCGAGCAGUGAAAUAGCGACCGAAUGAUGGCGGGAAGAGAGAAGGGGAAACAGCCCGCAAGCAUCUUUACAAAUAUCACGGUCUGUCUACUACCCCGCUCACUUCAUGAAAAAUCGUUUCUCGUGUUAAAGGACCGAUCAUCAUUUGUCGCCUAGGGAGGGGGGGGGAGGGGGUGCGGAGGAUUUUAUGGGAAAUCACUUGAUUUUUAGGAGGGCAAAAGGGGGGAAUCAGUCGUAACUGAGAACUCAAGCGGGGGGGUCGCUGAAAACUUUGGAAGGAUUCAGACGGGGAAUCACUGAAAUUUGCUUGGAAAAUAAAGAAAUGGAGGGGAUCGCGAAAGUCAUCAAAAGUUAUUUGGGGGAUCACUUAAGUAAAGUAACUUUCAAAGGGGGUAUCAGCUAAAUUUCACCUUGUUUAGCCCAAAUCCUUCCCCCCACCCCCCGGCGAUAAAUAAUGACCGAUCCCUAAGAUGUCAAAAUGUGCCCUGUAAGAGGGUUUCCAACGCACACUAUGUGUUUUCUUUGUCUCUGCCGCGUGCGGAUUGACGUGAUUGACCAAUCAUAGGGUAUACCCGUAGCUGGAAUGAGGUGUUGAAAACAAUGCUUACAGGCCCUACUGUCACCACCUGUCUCUCUCCAGCUUUCCCGCGGUUUUCGCGCAGUUAAUCUCG